AUGGAUUCCUCACCAUUUCCAGACAACAUUGCCAAGGAGAAAGAUGACCCAAAUUUGAUACCUGAGAGUGGAAACAAAAGGAAAGAUGGUCCAGCAGAUGGUGGAGGCUCAAUACAACCGGACCAACCAAAGAGAAAGCCGAGUACAAGAUCUACUGUUUGGGGACAUUUCACAAGAUUUGAUGACAAUGUUAAGCGAUGUAAGUGCAAUUACUGCCACAAGUCUUACGGUUGUGAUUCAAAGUCAGGGACUUCUCACCUGAAGGCUCAUAUGGAGAGCUGCAAGCAUUUUCAAGCAUGGAGGCAGAAACAAUCACAGACUGUGAUUAACAAUCAGGGACAACUUCAGAGUGGAAAAGUUACUGAAGAAGUGUUCAGGGAGGCUUCGAAUGAGGCGAUUGUGCUGUCAGAGUUGCCACUUGCUUUCAUUGAAAGCAUCGGUUGGAAACAUUUCUGCAACAAAGUCAACCUCUACAAACCACAUUCCAGAAGAACAGCUACAAAGGACAUUGUUAGAAUGUAUGUGGAGAUGAAAGCAUCUUUGAAAACUUGGAUUGUUGCUAGUAAGCCAAGAGUCUCCUUGACAACUAACAUAUGGGUUGCUAAAGCAACAUGUUCUAGUUACAUGGUAAUAACUGCACACUUCAUUGAUGUUUCUUGGCGAUUGAGGAAGCUAAUUAUUGGGUUCAAGUAUAUUACAGAUCACAAAGGAGCAACAAUAUCACGGCUUCUUCUUGACUGUUUGGCUGAGUGGGGCAUAGAGAAGAUUUUAACUGUGACAGUUGACAAUGCAACUGCAAAUACUUCUGCUUUGAAAAAAUUUCAGGAGGCAUUCAGCUUAAGGAACAGUGAAGCAUUUGUUUUAAAUGGAGAGUGUAUGCAUAUGAGGUGUUGUGCGCACAUACUCAAUUUGAUUGUUAGGGACGGGUUGCAUGAAUUGAGUGAGAAUGUGACAGCCAUACGCAAUGCAGUUCAGUAUGUGAGGUCUUCUACUAGUAGAUGUGAUUCGUUUGAACAAAAAGUUGUUUCAGGGAAGAUGACUAGAGGGAGUUUACCGUUGGACAUCAAAACAAGGUGGAAUUCUACCUACUUAAUGUUGUCAAGAGCUAUUGAUUUUAGAGUGACAUUUGAUAGAAUGGAGGCAGAAGACAAGAUGUACAAUGACUACUUUAAUGAGGUUGAUAAUGGGGAAAAAAAGAUUGGGCCGCCUACAAGAGCUGAUUGGAAUGUCGUAGAAAGGUUAGUUAGAUUUCUAAUCAUUUUCUACAAUUCUACUUUGGUUGUGUCUGCUUCAACUUCAGUUGCUUCUUAUAAGUGUUAUGGAGAGAUAGUGACUAUAGAGAGGAAUUUGAUGUCACUAAGCAAUAGUAUUGAUAGUGAAUUGAAAUCAAAAGUCGAUGCUAUGUUUCUGAAGUUUGAUAAGUAUUGA